GCUCCACGUGGUUUGGUUUUUUUUUUAUUGGUGGACCUUUGACUCUGCAUUGCUCAACAACUGCAUUGAUAAAAGAAGCGAAGAUCCUUGACGUAUUUUCUUCAGGAUUUCCAGAAAGAUUUUCAAAUAAUUAUUUUGUCGUUUUGCUGUCUCGAGGAAAAAUUACUCACUAUGGAGAUACCUGUCGUAGAUUUCAGUGUGUACGAACUGAAAAAAACCAGUGUAUCAGUUGAUAACUUGGAGAAGUUAAGUGAGGAACUAAGAAGGGCCUUUAUCGAGGUGGGAUUUGUUUAUCUGAAAAACACGGGCAUAAAUCAGGACGAGGUGGACAAAGUUAUGGGUGUUUCAAAGAAGUUCUUCUGCCUGCCAGAGAGCAUGAAGAAACCUUUCUGCAGGGGCAGUUUUUCGUGUAAUGGAAACCACGGCUGGAUUUCGGUAGAAACGGAAAGUUUGAAUCCUCAGCGUCCCGGUGAUCUGAAGGAGGCGUUUAAUACAGCAUCUUUGUGCUCGGAUAUUUGUGUUCAGAAUUGGCCUUCAGAAGGAGUUGAUGAUUUUCGAGAUGUGCAAGUAUCAUUUUUCCUGCGCUGUAAGGAACUUUCUCUCAGAGUGCUCCGACUGAUGGCUCUCGGUUUGGGCCUGGAAGCAGAGGUUUUUCUCAGUGCACAUAAGCAUAUUGGAAGUGAUGUGAAUGGAACGACAUUACGGUCUCUGUACUAUCCUCCGGUGAACAGCAGAUGUGUGAAGGGAAAUCAGCUGCGCUGUGGUGAACACUCGGAUUAUGGGAGUAUCACUUUGGUCUUCCAAAGCCCAGAGGGUGGACUGCAGGUCCUGAACCGGGCUGGUGAGUACAUUUCAGCCCCCAGCAUUCCUGGAACAGUUCUGAUUAACAUAGCAGACCUGAUGCAAAGGUGGACCAGCGAUGUCUAUGUGUCUGCUGUUCAUAGGGUUUUGCUGCCCCCUGCAGGUGACUCUGGCACACGUCAGUCUUUGGCCUUCUUUGUACAACCAGAUGAUGAGGCUAUCAUUUCAUGCUGUGAUGGAUCAGAUAAAUAUCCUCCUGUUAAGUCAGUUGAUUACCUUUUAUCAAGGUUCAAGGAUUCGUACGGCAAAAAACAGAUCUCAAUUUAAGUGAAAUUUAAUGAUUUUGUAUGUUUGGAACAAAAAAAAUUAAAGUGAUAAUCAUUAGAGAA